AUGCUUAUUGCUGCAAAAAUUGGGAGUUACAAGUCGUGGCUAAUAGUGGUGGACAAUGUGACUAAACUGAAUUUUCUUCAUGAUCACCUACCACAGUCUGGAACCGAGACGUGGGCAAGAGGUCAGUUGUUAAUUACAACCCAGGAUACAAAAUCCAUCCCAUUAAAAAGCUCUUUCAUCAAUCACAUUUCAGUAAGCCAAGGGAUGAAUCCUUACGAUGCCACUUCCUUAUUGGCCAAGCUUUCUGGGGUCUUCGACAACGACCUAGCGGAAAACGUUGCUCAGAAACUGGACUAUCAGCCACUUGCUUUAGCAGGCGCGGCUGUGUUUGUCAAAGACAUCCGACAGGACAAAGCAUCGAAGCACUUUGGCUGGGACGAAUACCUAAAGAUUUUAGAAACAGGAAAACGAGAAACGACCGAGGAUACCCUUGCUGAUACCAACCCAGUUUAUCCAAACACGAUGACCACAACAAUAACGCUAGCUGUUAAAACACAAGUCAAAUCCGACAAGUUUUUUGAACACCUAUUCAAAUUUCUUUCCCUGUGCGCACCACAACCAUUAAACGUUGACAUAGCGGUCAGUUACCUUAUAAACGUUCUCGAACACGUUGACAAAGGGGACAAGGAACAAAUUCGUAGGAGAUUCAGAAGAUGUUCACUGCUUCUUUUAGAGGAAGAGGAAGAUGGUUGCUACUACAUUCGUGUACACCAAGUUGUGCACGACGCAAUGAAAUGGGUGAUGAGUGAAUAUCAAGAGAAUCAAUCGUUCAAGGUUGUAAGUGAAGCUGUUACAUCAUUGAACAAAUUUAUAGUCACAAUUCCACCCAAAAAUAGAGCAAUGGACACCAUGCACAUCAUUCCGCACGUAAGUGCCCUUAUUGUACCAAUUGAUACUGUUAUUAUGGCAGAAAAUAUGUCUCAAGUCCUUGUUCAGGACAUUUCUGAAAAGUUGUCGAAUCUUGGCGGCAUAUGUAAAAUGCACUGUGAAUUUAACGUGGCAAAGACAUACUUCGAAAACUCUCUCGCUGUUCGCAUCAGGCUGUUGGGUGACCAAAAUGUCGAUGUUGCAUCCGGGUACAAUGACUUAGCUUCAAUUCACCAAGAAUUAGGUGACCUUGAACAAGCAAAGGAGUAUCAGCAACGUGCUUUAGCCAUCCAACUCAAGAAGUUUGGUGCUAAACAUGUUUCUCUUGCAACAAGCUACGGUAACCUAGCUUUAGUUUACAAAGCCUUAGGUGACCUUGAGAAGGCAGAGGAGUAUCAGCAGCGUGCUUUCGCCAUCGAACUCAAAAAUCUUGGUGCUGAACAUGUUUCUGUUGCAAUAAGCUACGGUAACCUAGCUUCAAUUUACCAGGACUUAGGUGACCUUGGAAAAGCAAAGGAGUAUCAGCAACGUGCUUUAGCCAUCAAACUCAAGAAGCUUGGUGCUGAACAUGUUUCUGUUGCAACAAGCUACGGUAACCUAGCUUUAGUUUACAGGGACUUAGGUGACCUUGAACAAGCAAAGGAGUAUCAGAAACGUGCUUUAGCCAUCAAACUCAAGAAACUUGGUGCUGAACAUGUUUCUGUUGCAACAAGCUUCGGUAACCUAGCUUUAGUUUACAGGGACCUAGGUGACCUUGAACAAGCAAAGGAGUAUCGGCAACGUGCUUUGGCCAUCCAACUCAAGACGCUUGGUGCUGAACAUGUUUCUGUUGCAAUAAGUUACAGUAAUCUGGCUUUAAUUCAUCAGGACUUAGGUGACCUUGAGCAAGCAAAGGGAUAUCAGCAACGUGCUUUAGACAUCGAAAUCAAGAAGCUUGGUGCUGAACAUGUUUCUGUUGCAACAGGCUACGGUAACCUAGCUUUAGUUUACAAAGCCUUAGGAGACCUUAAAAACGCAAAGGAGUAUCAGGAACGUGCUUUAGACAUCAAAAUUAAGAAGCUUGGAGCUGAACAUGUUUCUGUUGCAACAAGCUACGGUAACCUAGCUUUAGUUUACAACGCCUUAGGUGACCUUGAACAAGCAGAGGCGUAUCAGCAACAUGCUUUAGACAUCGAACUCAAGAAGCUUGGUGCUGAACAUGUUUCUGUUGCAACAAGCUACGGUAACCUAGCUUUAGUUUACAAAGCCUUAGGUGACCUUGAGAAGGCAGAGGAGUAUCAGCAACGUGCUUUAACCAUCAAACUCAAGAAACUUGGGGCUGAACAUGUUUCUGUUGCAACAAGCUACGGUAACCUAGCUUCAAUUCACCAGGACUUAGGUGACCUUAAAAAAGCAAAGGAGUAUCAGCAACGUGCUUUAGCCAUCAAACUAAAGAAGCUUGGUGCUGAACAUGUUUCUGUUGCAAUAAGCUACGGCAACCUAGCUUCAAUUCUCCAGGACUUAGGUGACCUUGAACAAGCAAAGGAGUAUCAGCAACGUGCCUCAGCCAUCCAACUCAAGAAGCUUUUCUAACUGUUGGUGGUCGAACCCCAGAGGGAAAAAAAGGUUAGCUAGGUAUAGGGAGUGGGAACUGGGGCCCGUUUCUCUAAAGUCCUGCUAACUUUUCGGGCCCGAAAUGAAAUAUUCAAAUCGAAAUAUAUAAAGUAUAAGAGCGCGAGUCCUGGCUAGCAAACUAGUCCAUUUUGUUUCAUUAACUUAUGGUUUUUAUGAUUUUUUCAUGAUAGGUGCAAAACUAUUGAAACUUCUAUCUUUAAUGUAAACGGAGACAGCUUACCGAGCAGGAAGACAGGCAACAACUUUUUGUGUGAUCACAUAUACGACAUUUCUUCCAUAAAACGUGUAACUAGUAAGUUUUAUAUUGUAGUUGUGCAACAACAAAAGGAAAGAAAUGAACAAAGAAGUGCCCUGCACUGAAGACCUUUUAAUUUAUUUUUGCCCUUUUCAUUUUUGUCGCCGUUUACCAUUACACCAUGUUAUUUUUUUUUUUUUUUUUUUGGGGGGGGGGGUAAAUUAUAAAUAUAUUAACGAGAGUUUCGCUUUUAGCUCUAGCGAAAUAUGUAGAAUGAUUAUAUCCUCACAUGUGGGUUUUCGGUUAGGUCAUGUCCACACCAACCCGUCUUUGACUCCCGCACGUGCAUUUCGGCGUGUUGGUUUUUGGCACUGAGCCAUUAGAAACGUCUAUCUCCCGAUAUAUCUCUGCUCCCAGGCUUUUCUCGGACACGUUUACUUCAUACUGCGCUUGCGUCAACAGCACCAGCGGUAUUCUCGUUUUUUCCCCUGACAACAUGUCCCGCAUGAUAAGCUACGACGUUACGGCUUUUGAUGGCUUUAGUUUGAAAGCGGGGCCAAAAUUCACAAAUGUAUUGGUUUCAAAUGAAAAGGCAUUGGUGUGGACGAGUUCUCAGUGUGGGAUAGUCGAAAAAACUGCAUGGAAAAGGAGCCGAUUUGAUGCAUUUGUCAACAAAAACGAAGAUUUUUCAAGGUCCUCUCAUUUGUGUGGAAGCAGCCUGAGAUCCAGAUAAAACAGAGAGAGUUAAGUUUGUUGCUAUAUUCCCAUUUUAUUUCAGUCACUUACACUACCUGCUUAACCCUUUUUAAAAGUUCCAAUAGUGACCAACAUCAAUUUUCUCCUAACGAUAUCCAUACAUUGUCAAGAGAUUAGGUUAUGAGAGUUAAUAUAAUAAUCACGUAAGAGAAAAUGCUUCGAUCUUUUAUCACAUUCUCUCAACUAAUUCUUUAGAGAAAUGUAUAGAGAUCAGUUUGGAGAAUUUGUAUGUGGAUAUUGGGGCUUAAUGGGUUAAAUUCAGGUAUAGGUUUAACCAGUUCAGUGAAGACAACAAAUCGCAAAGUAAUCUCACAGCGCUAAAAUUUUACGUUCCGACAGUUAUACAUAAAUAGUUCAUUACUCUAACCUUAGAGGAAUCAUUACUAAAUGGAUAGAUACUAGAUAUAUCACUUUUAUGCAAAAGUAUCUUGUUUCAAUACAAAGUCAAAGGGAUUGCAAAAUCCAUUUCUAAUUCUACCGUUUAUUUCUCAAACCAUUGUUAUAUAAGGAUGUAUGUUUAUUUGAAUUGUAUACAUUAUGAUUUAAAAGCAUUACUUUUUACCAAUUAAGAGUCAUGGCAGUAGGUAUAUCGUAUAUCUCAAGGCAAAGUGCAGGCUUCUUUAACUAACUCUUUCGCUCCAGAAUGAACGAUAGAAUCCUUUGAGGCUGUUCUAACUUUUGAGUCUGUGGAUAAAAUCCGUUGUUGUGACCAUUCAAAUGAAACCUCUUCAGCAGUGCUUUCACAUGGUACUAUUUAUUUAGUAUGUAGUUCUAACUUUUGUGACCAUUCAAAUGAAGGCUCUUUGCUUGGCAGUGCUCUUACUUUGUACUAUUUGUUUCUCCCAAUUUAAUAAAAUGAAAUUUAGAAUUUCUGUCCAAUUUAGACUUUGGCCUUUUCUGUGAGUGAAAGAGUUAACGAAACCACCAUAGGCGAUGUUGGGAUAACAGAAAAAAUGAUAGACAAACAUUAACUCAAAAUUAAAUAACGUGUUUGUAAAUAAACAGUACGAUAUCACGAAAUGCUUUAGAAUGCUACUUUCUUUCAAGUGUAAAAGACUAGAAAAAUCCCUUUUACUUAGAAAAGAAUUUAAAUGAACUAUAUGCUUGUCUUCUACUACAAAACGGUCCCAGGUCACCAGGUAUGGACCUUGUCUUACACUAUUAAAUCAGCCCAAAGCCCAUUCCUUCCAGGAAAGCUCCCGGAUGAAACGGUUGGCGCCUAGCCCCACUCCGGGCUAAUGAGACUGUGUUCUGAGGGAACAAACCAGUGCCGGAUCUAGAUCUUGAGAUAAGGGGGAGGCGGGGGACGGUAAUCCAGACGCUGAGAUAAGGGGGGUGCCCGGUCUCCAUUUUUUUGUUUUUUGUUUUGUUUUGUUUUGUUUUGUUUUGUUUUGUUUUGUUUUGUUUUGUUUUGUUUUGUUUUGUUUUGUUUUUAAGCCCUUCGCGCCUCAAUUUGGUCAUGGGUUCCUGGUUUGGUCUAGAAAUAAAGGGGGGGGGGGGGGCAGCGCCCCUCCUUUGGAUCCGCCACUGCAAACAAUUAACACUACUAAGAUGUAGUGAAAUCAUGUUCAAACUGAACCCAGCUAGUUGUCACCAUUCGAUGAUGAGCACCUCUUAACGUGGUUCUUCUGUGAGGUAGACAUCUCUCUGUGAAGGACUGAAAAUAAGCCAAACACCUUUUUAUAUUUGACACCCCUAAGAUAGUUACUUGUUCAAGAUGGCCAAUGUGUAACACAGACACUACUCAAUGGUUGUAACUCGGGGGCUCUUGCUUGUAGUACGUAAGUCUCCUUAUAGGAACACAGACAGAAGCCCGUAUUGGGCAGUGCGCUCCCUAGGGUACUUACCACCAGACAGUGGCAUGUAAGCCACCUUUUUUAGCGCACCGGAGAAAUGUACCGUUUGAAUCUGAUAAAAAAAGGCGCGAAUAUAAAAAUCGAAGGAUUUGAACGCAGAGAAGGGUAAAUGGCAAGCGACAUUUUGUUUAGUCCAUACCAACCGGAAUGAUUGGACUACCUCAAAACGAAGUCCUAAAUCAGUUUUCGGUUGGAAUUUACGAGAAAACGACCUUAGCAUUAACCUUCCAUCCAAACUUUUCGGAAUUUUCGGCUUGGUGGCAAGUGCUUCUGGUAUCCGGUAUCUGCUCAAUACAGGUUUGAGCCAAGAUAUGUAUCAUAAGAAUGGGUUUUGGACUUACGAAAUACAGCGCCAUCGUUUAAUACUUUCUUAACGAAAGAUCUAGCAAAACAUAGAAAUUAGUCUCUAUUUAUUACUAUAAAACUCUAUUGUUUUUCAAUUUUUGGCUCGUUUGCUUUCAAAUAAGGAUUUCAUGGCUGUUUUAAGUUCGCUGUUGCCCGCUUUUCCUGAAACAGAAUAAACAGAGAAAUAAUUUUACUAGGACUGAACGUUACAGUUAACCACGGUUUACGUUGUAAGCAAUUUUAUCAUUUUUCAAAUUUUGUUGAGUAUAAACCCCUGAUCAGUCAAAAUGACAAAACCGAGAAGACUCGUUUCACUGGCCCAAAUAGGAGGGCUUGCUCGUAGGCUCGUUCAAUCCCUUUUCUUUUAGUUUCCGUAUCAUGUUAUCGGUCUGUUGAGUAUGGUUAACAGGCAGCUUCUUAAACAACAGCUAAACUACUGAGCCCAGGAGUCAUCUCAUAAGUAGGUGGAAUAUGAUCGUUUGGGUGAGUGUAGUCCUGAAUAAGAAGGACUGUUGUUCACAGUGACUACUGUGAACAAUCACCCCUGGCCACAAUAACCCGGACGAUCAUAUUUCACCUACUUAAGAGAUAACUUUUACUAAAUAUUAUUAAUUACGCUUUCUUGCACCCCGCCCACCCCCACCCCCCUCUCCCCGCUAUUUGAAUCUGAAACACAUAUUAACAAAUUGUCACUUAAUUAAUUCUAUGUAUUAUGAAAAUUGCCGUAGAAAGCGUUAGACAUAUGUGUCCUCUCCGAUCCUCCUUCUCCUUGCUGCUCGUACUUUCUCGGAUUCUCCAGAUCUUCCGUUACUUUGGUUCUAGUUAAACGAGGAAAAGGCGCGGGUUGAAUAAGAUGCAAUCUUCUUGUUUCAAUGGCACAAAAAAAAAUCUUUGCGCCUUACUUAUCACGCGCCUAAGCUAAGACGCUUCUUAGAUACUCGUAUAAAAUGAUGCAGUCCUUUUUAAGACGAGUCUUAUUUCCCCUCAUUGGUUUUUCACAUCCGCACCAUUGUCUUUAAAUGAGUAAGUUCGUAGCUGGUCACGUGACCAAAAUGUGACUUUUAAAAUUAUGAAUUACCUCUUUCGGAACAGAAAUUUUGCACUUAAACUUCAAGAAAAAUGUUGAAAAGAUGAUGUGGUAACGUUAACAGCACAUCUGAGCGUAACUAUCAAACGUUGAACAAGAUAUAAGCAAAAAGUAGUUUUGGCCGCCAUGUUGGAGGGCAAGAGUAUGCCCUCCAUCAUGGCGGCCAAUACAAAUCAUACUACUUCGUUGAAAAUUCAAGUGCCAUAAAAUAUCUCCCUUAAAUGCGUUUCCUCCCAAAUUUCGGGUGUAGGAUAAUUGUUAUGUGCUCUGUCAAUUUUUGGCAUCAGCUAGAUUCCAACUCAUUGUUUAAAGAAAGCAUUGGUCACGUGACCUCUUAGUGCAAGUGGCCUAUUAGUCUCUAUUUAUACUAUAAAACUCUGUUUUUCAAUUUUUGGCUCCUUUGCUUUCAAAUAAGGAUUUCAUGGCUGUAGUUCGCUGUUGCCGCUUCUCCUGAAACAGAAUAAACAGAGAAAUAAUUUUACCGACUUAAUGUUACAGUUAACCACAGUGUUGUACACAAUUUAAUCGUUUUCAACUUUUGUUGAGUAUAAACCCCUGAUCAGUCAAAAUGACAAAACCGAGACGUGGUUUUGUGAUUUUAGCAUAUAGAGUGUUUUCACUCACGUGGCCUGCAUCUAUGCAAAUUUAUUGAAACAAAAGAAAGCGUUUACAUAACAAAAGAGUUCAACUCCCACAGGACUGGUUUGGGACAUAAACAUGGCUGCCGUUUCAUUGUUUUGGGACACAAAUAUGGCCGCCACGACGUCAUGUGAAAACACACAAUUACUCAUCUUAAAGAGUUUGCUUUCUGGAUAACGUAAUUGAUUUCCGCAAUACUAAUCCACUGGAUAGCAAGUUAUUCGGUAGUGAAUCUUACACGCCUUGAGCAACCAGGACCUAUACACUGGCAACAACUUGGUUUACUGUCGACCCUUGCAACAACCUGAAUUAAAGGAGGAAAUGAGAUUGGUGCGCUAGUUGGAGGAAAGAUAAGCUGUUAUUGGGCAAGCAAGAACGGUUCCGUAUUUAAAAGCGUCUGGAGGAGUAUCAGCAACGUGCUUCAUCGAUUAGACUCGAGAAUGCAGGUGAGGUUUUAAACUGUCUAAACGUAAAUCCAUUGCAACGAGUUGAAUAAUAUGUGCCGUUGUCACUGUCGGAAAGAAUCGCCAUGGACUUUACGAAAAAUUGGCUUUGGACAAAAUAAAGAGAACUUAUUAAGGUGGCUCGACCUAGUAUUUUUGUAGGUACACUUUCCAUCUCUGAAUCUCUUGUAUUUAACCAAAUUGCCCUUUAUUGUAAAAACAUUAUAACACACGUAUUACACAUAGACUUAACUUUAUUAUGAUAUUAUUUUUUGCGCGAUCGGAAUUAAUAUCAUGCGACAAUGGGAAAUUCUCAUGCAGCAGGCGAGAAUUUACCGUGCCUGGUUCCCCUCUGAAAUCUUUUGGAAAUAUGGUAAUGAUGUCACAGGGAGAAAACAACAGCAUGCUGCAUGGGUAUUUGAUGUUUUGCUAAACUCGACUCGGGAAAUAGAAAAUCCCAGAGCAAAAACUUAGCCAGAUCUAUGACAUCGCUUCAAUAUUUACUCAAUUUUGCGCUAACGAUAGACAACUUAAAAAGUUUUCAAUGGGCACGAAAUUCAGGGAUUUUCUAGUACACUGAUCAAUUGCAGCACUGAAAUUUUUUAAAGAAAAUAUAUCGACGAAUUUUGGUUUAAUCGCUGUUUUCGUGAAAGUAGCUUUUUAGAAGUUACAACAAGAGUUCAACAUUACGUUUGACUGAUUCACAGGUUUUCAUGGUCUUUCCAAAUCGCGCGAGUGUAUUUGCGUUUGGCCGGUUGUAGAGUACCCUGCGAGGAAGAUCGAAGGAGACUCUGCUCUCAGGGUAGUUGUAGAGCGCAUAAAGGUCAUUUGCAAAACGAAUGAGUGAUAAAAACUUUUUGGAAGCAUCCAAAAAGUGGCAAAUUUUUUUGCAUUAAGUCCAGCUUUCAGCUCAUGCAUAAUUUAUACCCUUUUUGUAGAAAUUCAAGGAUACCUCAAAUUUCCUCUUAAAGAUUUUUGUGAAACUUCGCAUAACAGAAGAAAGGCACCCAAAGUAUACGUAGCGUAAAGCACUUCCAAGGAAAAUGCCGUUAAGGGCAGAAAUUCGAUUUAGAGCUAAAACUAUUAUGACGUCAUUGUCAGGUGAUAGUUACUCGGAUUGCGCCCCCAAAAAAAAUAUCGUAAUAAAGUUUAGUCUAUGUGCAAUACAUGCGUUAUAAUGUUGUUACCAAUAAAGAUCAAUUCAGUUAAGUAUAAGAGAUUCAGAGAUGGAAGAUGUACCUACAAAAAUACUAGGUCGAGCCACCUUAAAUUACUCACGUUGUCUUCCUCCCUCCUCACAUUGAAGUAGUUUUUUGUCAAAGUCUAUGGUUGCAUUUUUAGCUUCGAGAACGACAUGAGGAGCUCGCGGCUUCGCCGCUCGCUCGCGCGUUCUCGCGACACUCGUUUCACUCGCCCAAAUAGGAGGGCUUGCUCGUAGGCUAGAGGAAAAUUCAAUCCCUUUUCUUUUAGCUUCCGUAUCAUGUUAUCGGUCUGUUGAGUAUGGUUAACAGGCAGCUUCUUAGAGAACAGCUAAACUGUUGAGCCCAGGUUUCAUCUCAUAAGUAGGUGGAAUACGAUCGUUUGGUUGAGUGUAGUCCUGAAUAAGAAGGACUGUUGUUCACAGUGACUACUGUGAACAAUCACCCCUGGCCACAAUCACCCGGACGAUCAUAUUUCACCUACUUAAGCUUACUUAAGAGACAACUUUUACUAAGUAUUAUUAAUUACGCUUUCUUGCACACCGCCCACCCCCAACCCCCUCUCCCCGCUAUUUGAAUCGGAAACACAUGUUAACAAAUUGUCACUUAAUUGAUUCUAUGUAUCACGAAAAUUGCCGUAGAAAGCGUUAGACAUAUGUGUCCUCUUCGAUCUUCCUUCUCCUUGCUUCUCUUACCCUCUCGGAUUCUCCAGAGCUUUCGUUACUUUGGGUCUAGUUAAACGAGGAAAAGGCGCAGUUUGAAUACUGAUGCAAUCUUCUUGUUUCAAUGGCACAAAAAAAAUCUUUGCGCCUUACUUUUCACGCGACUAAGCUAAGACGCUUCUUAGAUACUCGUAUAAAUUAAGCAGUUCUUUUUAAUACGCGUCUUAUUUUCCCACGUAUAAACGGCCUACGCUACAGCGACCUUUACUACGGGGGCCACAAGUCAAAAAAGCCCAAAAAUGGGGCGGUGCGCAUGCUCGGAAUUUUUUACUAUGACUGGUUUUAUAACCUAUCAUAGAUUGUUUUUCUUUUAUUCAAGAAAGUAUUUACAGUGCAACUACUGUCACCGGGGCCCAAGAAAGUUGGUUGUGGGUCGAUCAUCAGCUCGUAAAAAACAAAAACAAUAACAUACUCGAAGCACAAAUUUUUUUAACAAAUAAUAGGGACUUUAAGCAGAUAGCAAACGUUUUUCUAAAAAGCAAAAUCUUUCACCAGACAAUGUUUUGCCAUUCGAAACUUUACACAUAACACGCAGGAGAUGAUUGUCGCGCUUUGCAAUAACAUGAGACCUUAAGUCAAAAUUAUAACUAACUUUUACGUUUUUCGCCUCUGUCACACACUUUAACGGACCUCUCAGGAAACACGGGCUUUCUUCAGUGGGUUUAAAAGGUCACCUUUAGUUGAUUGUGUUUGGUUGAUUCAGAGCUCCUGGGCUCCUGGUGGAUUUCGAUGAUCCAUGCUGUUUAUUUCGUUUCCUGGUAAUUAUGAUUGACAAAUAACUUGUCGGAAUGUAUUGUUAUUUUCCUGUAACUUUAUUGAUCAACUUUGUCUAGCUGUCCCCGGUUAUAGCAGUCGCACUGUAACGCCUCCGGUUUUCCAGUAUUUACGACUUCCCUGCGUUUUACCAACAGCGAAAGCAAGUGAGCGAGAAACCCCAUAGUCACUGUUUGGACGCCGCUUGCUUAAAAUUGAAAUUUGACGGGCUCUCACCAGGAGUCCAUGUCCACAACUGCCAUGAGGUCGCCGUCGAGCGAUUUGCUUAAUAUCCUUUGAAGCUGGCGGUUUUUUGAUGGGUUUUGUUUCGACCUCUGUUCGCGCAGUUCUAACGCUUAAGCCGUGAUUUGUCCGAAGAGGACUCAAACUCCGUUUCCCUUGGCGAGAAAGCCGUGCGAAGAAGUCCGCUUAUGAAAAGAGACAGACGCAAGUCAAAGAAUUAAAAUGCUGCUGUUUGUUCCCAUUACGGCUCUCGGUUUACUUUCUUCUCCUAGGUUUGAAAUAUACUUUCUGUUCAACCACCGAGUUCUAAAGUGAAGUCGUUACAGGUACUCAUAGCAUCGUUCUGGCUUGGUCUAGAAGCAUCUACUAUACAUGUAGGGGGAUGACAGCGGGGUGCGAGAGAGGGGGCAUAGGGGGUAAGAAGGGUACGUGAGGAGGGAGAGGAAAUGGCGGGAGCUGAGAGUUCUACAAGGGUUGGAAGCGGGAGAAAUAGGGGGAAGUUACUCAAUAAUGCUUAAUAUCUCGCCAAAUUAGAAAAGAAGCCAUUAAAAAAUGUAAGCUGGGAAUGCAAGGUUCAGGAGGCGGGGGGUUUGGACCCCCUACCUCCCCUCUCUUCCCCGUAUACAAGCCACAAGCUGCAUGAUGUAGGCUUGGAGUUAGUUUGCAAAACCUAAAAUCUCUUUUAACUGGCUCGGCCACAAAGAGAAAACAACCCCGCGAUGCAGUGCAAAAUCCAUAAGACAAACGUAAAGUGUAACAUAACAUAACAUUUUAUUAGCAUUCCCAUAUACAGAAAUGGUAUUGUAUUACAAUUGUAAAUUUAAUUUAAUUAAUUUAAAGCAAGGGGCACACAUACACCAACCCAUGGCCCGGCCAGUACCUCACGCAUGCACAGAGCCAUAUCACUCAGGCAGUGCAGUGGCAGCCAUACAAAUCCAUGCCCCGGCCACUAUUACCGAUUGAAUUCAACCAAGCUAGAAUCCAACCUCGUUCCCAGGUUCUCUCUCCUACUCCUACCCUCCGUAGGGACGGAUAGGAGAGAACCCUGAGAACGAGGUUGGCUAUAAUCUUGGACAGAAGAGAUUGGAAACUUAGUUAUACCCCCCCCCCCCCCCCCCCCCCCAAAAAGUCAAAGAUGGGAAAAUAAACUACCAGUAGUCCCCAUUUUUUCUCAGGGAUAGCUUAGAGAGCGAGCGAAACGCGAGCGUGCGUGAAAAUAAUCCCACACGAGAAAGGCGAGACGUAGCGGUGAUUUUCACGCGCGCUCGCGUUUCGCUCGCUCUACUAUCCCUGAGGGCAAGAGAGAAAUCUUGUGAGGGAAAAUGGGGACUACUCGUAAUCCAAAGGGAGUGGCCCUUUUUGGUUUUUGCGCGGCUUCAUCCUUGAUUUGGGGGAGACGGGGGUUAGCCUUCCGCAGGGCUUGCCGUCCCAUUUUAUUCUGUCCAAGAUUGUAGUCAAGAUUACUUUGACGUGGGUUGUAAGGAGAAAAAUAUAGUAUUCCCUCGAUUUAUCUUCUCCCUUGAUAUAAUCGCCCACCCCAACCCCUCUCGGUCCUCUCGCCAUCUUCUCUUUCUUUUAUUCCCUCUCUGUCAAGUUGAAGUUGGGUUUCUUCCAGCAAAACUGAUCAGUGACGAUUCAAGCUCUAACGCCGAGGUCAAGGAACCAAAUUUGGAACACUUAGAAAGCCCAUUUCAGUUUAUUUGAUGUGUUCUAAUGGGAUAAUAGAACAAAAUAUUUAAAGCAAGCACGACUUCCAGUGAACAAAAUUUUAAAUAAUCUUCUUCCUCGAAUAAUCGCCCUCCCUCGAAUAAUCGCUCCCUUUUAGUGCGACAAAUAAUAAUCACCGCCGGCUAUUAUUCGAGGAAAUACGGUAUGUGCCGAUCAGUGAGCACUGACAAAAAGUAAAAACAGGAUGAUAAAAAUUGAUCGCUUUGUCUUUAGUCUCUACUUGCGUGUGUCCAUCUUAAACACUGAAUCAUUAACCACGAUGACCUUUGCGUGGGCGGUGAGGGAAAUGUAUGGUAGGGGUCGAUGCGCAUGUUUAACGAAAAAUAAUAACAUGCGAAACACCUGGCGAAACACUAGAAACGUCACAGCACGGUAAAGUACCGAAGCUUGCCUUCACUUUCGACGUAAGUACUCGAACUGGCGUGUCUCAGCUGAAAUCUCACUGAUUUCAUUCCGGAAAAAAUAAGCAGUCGACAGUGAGACGAACCCAAGUAAGUGUACAAUUAGUAGACAAGUAAUCUAGCGACGGCCAUUUCAGAAUCGAACUAAACGCUAAACGGUUCUGUAUGUCUAUUAUAUCACAAGCAGAAGAUCGGACGGGGGGGGGGUUGAUGUUUGCUUUCACAGUAGCACUAAAGGAUCUAUCUGAUCCGUUUGGUGUCAGAACCGUCUCCGGCUAAACAGAAUGGCCACAAAACAUUUAUUUUAAUGUUAAUAGCAGGGAAUAAUAUCUUGUUCUGCGCUUUGUAUUAUGUGCUUGUCUCGAGAUGUAGACAACGUACAACAGAGAUGAAGGAUCUGUUUUGCGAAGCAAUGCUUAAAAAUGCACUACGUUAAAAUGUGUUAUUUUGUGAAGCUGAUACUAAGAACAUGGUGGUACUCAUAAAGGGGCCCUUUCUGUGUAUGUAAUGCGGAUAUUUUGGGAAAAAACACAAAAGGAAUACGGUAAGAGAUAUGUCUACGUUUUCGCGGAAGCAAGCACAUCCGGGAAGCACAUGAGCCCAACACUAUAUGGUUUCACAUGUCUCCGCUACUUUUCAACCAAUGAUGCUAAAACCUAGAAACAAACUGCCUUUAGGUUCAAUCAGAGCACAAUUCCAUCCCAAAUCGUUUUGUGUGAAUUCUUGCCAAUAAAUAUACUACAACAGCGCCCGAUGGUGCUCAAUGAAUACCCCCCCAGUUCUGCCCCAGUCAUAUUUGUUUGUGUUGAAAGACAUUGAUAUGCAGAGUUAGACGAAUCCCAUUUUUAACCAAUAGACAACAAGAACUGUAAAUACGCCAUGAAUAUGGGGGGUUUGAAGUAAAUAUUGCGUUUUGUUGUCAGCCUCUAAGUUCUUGAAUAUGACAUAGACAUUAGGGCCAUUUAUAGAGUAUACGAGGAAAAAUAAGACGCGUCUUACAUUAGACGCGUCUUAAAUAAGACGCGAACUUUCCGUAUAAACGGCACAUUUCGUCUAAAAUAAGACGCGGCUUAGCUAAGAAGCGUCUUAUUAGUUAAGACAUGCUCGUAUAAAUGGUACAGUUCGCGUCUUAUUUAAGACGCGUCUUAUGUAAGACGCGUCUUAUUUUUCCUCGUAUAAAUGGCCCUAUUGAGCUUGAAGAUAUUGUAAUGUGGAAAUGUUUACAUUUAGGCCAGGUUCAAACGUCGAAUUUCAAAUGCGCCGAAUUCAAUGCGAGAGUCAAAAGCACGUGAAGUGCGACGUUUGAAUCUAUUAAAUUCGACUGUUUACAUGUAAAUUUUAACGCGACUGAAACAGUCGAAGAUUCGACUUAGAUUCGUUAGCCUGAGAACGGUGGACGUUUCUCCUCGCUUAUCGCCGCUGAGGGACGUUCCGCGAAACGUCCCUUAGCGGCGAUGAGCGAGGAGAAACGUCUGCCGUUCGCAGGCUAUAGGUUCGUCUUUUGAUUCAAACGUCGCAUUUCACAUGUGCCGAACUGUUAGUUUUAGCGACUGGGAAUACUGACAGCGAAUAGAGUUGAAUUCGACGUUUGAAUCAAACGCCGUAUUUAACUAUUUUAGCGGACUGAAAUAAGAAGUUCGGCACAUGUGAAAUCUGACAGUUGAACUGGGCCUUGAAAAUGAGAUUGCAACACGUCUAAGAUUUAAUUAAGAGUUUUGCAUUUUUGUUUUUGGCGCAUGAAGCGAAACGAUUUCAACCUUUGUUCUUGCUUUCAUUUUUUUCUUUUGCCACUCUUUCCAUCCUCCACAGACGAACAAAGAGCCUUUUUAAGGAAGUCCGUAAAAGAAGAUUUAACUCAGUUCUUCAAAUUAAGUCAACUCUUAAACCGUGUUCAAGCUUGUAUUUUGUAUUUAUUGCGCCACACAGAAAAUUACAUGAUUAGAAUUACAAAAAAAAUACAAAAAUGUAGAAGGUAAUGGCGAGGAGGCCUAAAGGGAACUAUAAAUCUAAUGUUAACUAGGCCUCCUCAAUUACAAUUUUUCACAGACGAACUGAAAACUAAGGCGACGGAUGCAAUUAUUAUCAACGGAAAUUAGAGUAAGAAUAUAUAAAGUAAGUUUACAAAAGAUGAGUAUCAAACAGUUUUUUAACACGAAUUUCGGCAUAAUUGCUGCGCAGCGACCGAAGGGAGCGAGCAGCAACAUAAUCAGGAUUUAAAGGAAAUAUAUAAAGGGGCGACGAAUUCUCGAAUUCAUCACUUUUUACCACAAUGUAUUGCAUUUAACCACACUUUUUACCACAAUGCAUUCCAUUUAACCAGAAUGCAUCGCGCCACAAACAACUCAAAUAAAAACACGGGGAAGUUCGGUGGGAGUGCGUCGUUCGCGGCUCAGACUUAGAGUUUUCUUUGUGGCAAAUUUUCUACAGCACGGUUAGAGGUCUUACCAAAUUUUAAGACAUGCAGGAGUCUUUCAGAUGAGUAAUAUGGUUAACUUGGGGAUUGGAUUUCAAUUCAAGAGCCUUUGACUCGUCCAGGUGUUAACCCUGACGAGAAGAUAAGCAUUUGCUCUUCGAGUACGCAACACGGGGGAUAUACAAAUUCCAGCUUGCUAGAAGGUGAUGUGAAAGUGAGAAAAUGUCAUGCAGUGCUAUUCUUAAGAAACUGUAUGAGCCAAAAAUGGAUGUGAUUUUGACCAUUCGCUUCAAAAUAACAAUCGAGAAUAACAAAACAUAUGUUUUGUGUCCUACUUUGCAGACGAGGACGUGUAUCGGCGUUUUGAAAAGCAUAAUUAUGUUCUUUCAUUCAUUCAUUGCCAUAGAAUAUGCGUUUACAUUGUUUUUUCACUGUUAAUAGCUCGGUUAAUGCGGCUGGCGAUUAUCUUGCCGGCGGAAGUUUCAUGGAAAAGGAAUAAAAUCAAGACUUUUCCUGCAAAUACGUAAUCAGCCACUGUGGUCUAGUGCUUAGGUGUAGUGGCGUCGAGCCGAAGGUGCAGGGUUCGAGUCCUACCGAAUUCUUUAUUCCUUUUUUCUUUUUUUUUUCCGUUUUUUGUGUUGUUGUUUUCUAUAAAUAUAUAGCUAAAUAACUGUUACUUAAUAAAGUGCAACAAACAGCACGAAAAGUAUUGUGUUUCCAGAGAAAAUAUCGUGCGCCGUAUAUUAAAUAUAUGGAUAAACAAUCUGAAUUUCUAUUAUUUCCUACAAUUUACUGUGGGAAAACCAGAGUUAUAACCACUUGAUCAUUUUCUAAACAACUUUCCCACGAGUUCUUUCUAUAGACUGAUAGUAAUUAUUCUAGUACUUUCCAACAUGUAAAUAGGACAUUCAAUAUCAUUUUCGAUUCUUUUAAGUCUCACUGCCUAACUAAUGCCAGUAUCAACAGAAUGUGCCGCAGCAUUACUAUCUUUUAGAUACCCUAGUUUUAAUUACGUUGAAGUAAUUCACAUCAGCGCCUAAAUCAUAUAGUCCACUCCCUUAUUAUAUGUCUCUUAAAAAGGAUAUUUGAUUCUAUUCUAAAAAUGCAAAAACGGGGACAAGUUUAAAAAUGAAGCAUUUUACGUCAGUUUUUUUCGCCUUUCACAUUUUAAGAAAAAAUGUUUCCUUUUUAGCCGUAGAUUAAAACGUCUCGUAUACUCAACCAAGGAAAAACUGCUAUGCUUAGUGACUGAGGCUUUACAACUGAUUGACAUCGAUCAAGUAAACAACAAUUUAGAACAACAGAAGUUAUUUCGUUUAAAUCAUGUUAAGAGCUCCUGCCUUUCUUUUCCCUUACAACGUUCAUCAAGUUGUUUCUUUCCAAAGGUUCCAGGCCUCAGCAGUACAUCAAACAUUGCGUCAAACAUGGCCCUUUCAAAAGAAUACACCAAAGAACAACUGAACUACUUCAGAAUUUGUUAUGUAACCACUGAUAUACUAGCCGAAGGCCUCAGAGAGGUUUUUAAACGUGAAUGGGACAAUCAAUACAAAUCAACACCAUUGGGAGAAUGGAAAGAUGUGGCCCAGAAUGGAACGGACUUUUACAAUGGCGAGUCUGCAAGAAAUCAAAAAAGAAAUGCUCGUCUUUUCACCACCAUGAUAAAAGGAAACAGAGCGGGAUGGGAUUGUACAAUGCUGUUUUACGCCAUCCUUUACUCUGAUUGUGUCGGGCCCUACCUAGCAUCAACUGUCAGAAACAAUGUGGAUGAUCUUAGAAAAUUUAGAAACGAGGAAUUCGCACACAUACCACAGGGAAGUCUCCCUGAGAUUGAUUUUCAGAAUGCCAUUGGAAAGGUUCAUGUUGCGUUUCAUGCGCUUGGUCUCUCUACUGUAAAAAUUGAUGAGAUAAAAAAUCAGAAAACUUUCCCAACCGAAGAGUUACAAAAAAUUCUGAAAGAGGUUGACGAUGUUAAACAGGAACUUCAAGAAAAAGAUAACCAGCGCCAGGUUCUAGAAGACCAGCUUCAGAAAGAAGCGCCUUCAUUCUGUAUACUCCCUCCUAAACCUACACACGAAAUUGAAAGCCGUGAAAGAGAAGUGGUACAAAUAGCCCACCAGCUAAGGAAACUAAAGAAGGCCAAUGACAACAGGUUGAGUUCUCUGUACAUCUCAGGGAAUCCCGGAAGUGGCAAAUCACAACUAGCUGGCCUCGUAGCUCAAAAAUUCUUUGAUGAAGUGAAAGAAAUACCAGGCACUUCCUCGUUUGUAAUGACCAUAAACGCUGCCAAUCAAGAGUCACUUUUGGAGUCAUAUGCUUAUUUUGCUCGUCAGCUAAAGUGCCCAGACUAUUCAGUAAUGCAAACUUUGAACUCUAAGGAUUGGAAAAUUGAGGACAAGAUUGCCAAUCUCAAGAUGCUUAUUGCAGCAAAAAUUGGGUGUUACACGUCGUGGCUAAUGGUGGUGGACAAUGUGACUAAACUGACUUUUGUACAUGACCACCUACCACCGUCUGGAACCGAGACGUGGGCAAGAGGUCAGUUGUUAAUUACAACCCAAGAUACAAAGUCCAUCCCAUUAAAAAGCUCUUUCAUCAAUCACAUUUCAGUAAGCCAAGGAAUGAAUCCACACAAUGCCUCUUCCUUACUGGGUAAGCUUUCUGGAAUCAACGACAGCAUGCUAGGGAGAAAAGUGGCUCAAACACUGGACUAUCAGCCUCUUGCCUUAGCAAGCGCUGCCGUGUUUGUCAAAGACAUUCGACAGGACAAAGCAUCGAAGCACUUUGGUUGGGAAGAAUAUCUAAAGAUUUUAGAAAAAGGCAAACGAGAAACGACCGAGGAUACCCUUGCUGAUACCAACCCAGUUUAUCCAAAUUCAAUGACUACAGCAAUAACGGUAGCUGUUGAAACACAAGUCAAAUCCGACAAGUUUUUUGAACACCUAUUCAAAUUUCUUUCCUUGUGCGCACCACAACCAUUAAACGUUGACAUAGCGGUCAGUUACCUUGUAAACGUUCUCGAACACGUUGACAAAGAGAACAAGGAGCAAAUUUGCAGGGGAUUCAGAAGAUGUUCACUGCUUCUCUUAGAGGAAGAAGAAGAUGGCUGCGACUACAUUCGUGUACAUCAGGUUGUGCACGACGCAAUGAAAUGUGUGAUGAGGGACUAUCAUGAGAAUCAAUCGUUGAAGGUUGUAAGUGAAGCUGUUACGUCAUUUAACAAAUUUGUAGUCACAAUUCCACCCGAAAAUAGAACAAUGGACACCGUGCACAUCAUUCCGCACAUACGUGCCCUUAUUGUACCAAUUGAUACAGACAUUAUGGCAGAAAAUAUGUCUCAAGUCCAUGUUCAGGAAAUUUCUGAAAAAUUAUCGAGUCUUGGCCACAUAUGUAAAAUGCACUGUGAAUUUAACGUGGCAAAGAAAUACAUUGAAAACUCUCUUACUCUUCUCAUCAAGCUGUCGGGUGACCAAAAUGUCGAUGUCGCAACAGGGUACAAUGACUUAGCUCUAAUUUACUUCGACCUAGCAGAAUUUCAAGAAGCAAAGAAGUAUCAGCAACGUGCUUUAGACAUCCUCCUCAAGAAGCUUGGUGCUGAACAUGUUUCUGUUGCAGCAAGCUACGGUAACCUAGCUUCAAUUCACCAGCACUUAGGUGACUUUGAACAAGCAAAGGAGUAUCAGCAACGUUGUUUAGCCAUCCAACUCAAGAAGCGUGGUGCUGAACAUGUUUCUGUUGCAACAAGCUACGGUAACCUAGCUUUAAUUCACAGCGACUUAGGUGACCCAGAACAAGCAAAGGAGUAUAACCAACGUGCUUUAGCCAUCGAACUCAAGCAGCUUGGUGCUGAACAUCUUUCCGUUGCAAGAAGCUACUCUAACCUAGCUUCAACUCACUUUGAAUUAGGUGACCUUGAACAAGCAAAGGAGUAUAAGCAACGUGCUUUAGCCAUCUUUCUCAAGAAGCUUGGUGCUGAACAUGUUUCUGUCGCAAGAGUCUACGGUGACCUAGGUGUAGUUUACACGGACUUAGGUGACCUUGAACAAGCAAAGGACUAUCAGCAACGUGCUUUAGCCAUCAAACUCAAGAAGCUUGGUGCUGAGCAUGUUUCUGUUGCAACAAGCUACGGUAACCUAGCUUUAAUUCACAAGGACUUAGGAGACCUUGAACAAGCAAAGGAGUAUCAGCAACGUGCUUUACCCAUCCAACUCAAGAAGCUUGGUGCUGAACAUGUUUCUGUUGCAACAAGCUACCGUAACCUAGCUUCAAUUCACAAGGACUUAGGUGACUUUGAACAAGCAAAGGAGUAUCAGCAACGUGCUUUAGCCAUCGAACUCAAGAGCCUUGAUGCUGAACAUGUUUCUGUUGCAACAAGCUACGUUAACCUAGCUACAAUUCACCAUGACUUAGGUGACCUUGAACAAGCAAAGGAGUAUCAGCAACGUGGUUUAGCCAUCCAACUCAAGAAGCUUGGUGCUGAACAUCCUUCUGUUGCAAAAAGCUACGGUAACCUAGGUUCAGUUUACCAGGCCUUUGGUGACUUUGAACAAGCAAAGGAGUAUCAACAACGUGCUUUAACAAUCGAACUCAAGAAGCUUGGUCCUGAACAUGUUUCCGUUGCAACAAGCUACGGUAAACUAUCUUCAGUUCACAGGGACUUAGGUGACCUGGAACAAGCAAAGGAGUAUCAGCAACGUGCUUUAGCCAUCAAACUCAAGAAACGUGGUGCUGAACAUGUUUCCGUUGCAACAAACUACAGUAACCUAUCUUUAAUUUACCAGGACUUAGGUGACCUUGAACAAGCAAAGGAGUAUCAGCGACGUGCUUUAGCCAUCGAACUCAAGAAGCUUGGUGCUGAACAUGUUUCUGUUGCAAAAAGCUUCGGUAAACUAGCUUUAGUUUACCAGGCCUUAGGUGACCUAGAACAAGCAAAGGAGUAUCAGCAACGUGGUUUAGCCAUCGAACUCAAGAAGCUUGGUGCUGAACAUGUUUCUGUUGCAACAAGCUACGGUAACCUAGCUUCAAUUCACAAGGACUUAGGUGACCUUGAGCAAGCAAAGGAGUAUCAGCAACGUGCUUUAGCCAUCGAACUCAAGCAGCUUGGUGCUGAGCAUGUCUCUGUUGGAACAAGCUACGGUAGCCUAGCCUCAAUUCACAUUGACUUAGGUGACCCUGAACAAGCAAAGGAGUAUCAGCAACGUGGUUUAGCCAUCCAACUCAAGAAGCUUGAUGCUGAAGAUGUUUCUGUUGCAGCAAGCUACGUUAACCUAGCAACAAUUCACCAUGACCUAGGUGACCUUGAACAAGCAAAGGAGUAUCAGGAACGCGCUUUAGCCAUCCAACUCACGAAGCUUGGUGCUGAACAUGUUUCUGUUGCGAAAAGCUACGGUAACCUGGCUUCAGUUUACCAGGCCUUUGGUGACCUAGAACAUGCAAAGGAGUAUCAGCAACGUGCUUUAGCCAUCCAACACAAAAAGCUUGGUGCUGAACAUGUUUCUGUUGCAACAAGCUAUGGUAACCUAUCUUCAAUUCACCACGACUUAGGUGACCUUGAACAAGCAAAGGAGUAUCAGCAACGUGCUUUAGCCAUCCAACUCGAGAAGCUUGGUGCUGAAAAUGUUUCUGUUGCAACAAGCUACGGUAACUUAGCUUCAAUUCACAAGGACUUAGGUGACCUAGAACAAGCAAAGAAGUAUCAGCAACGUGCCUUAGCUAUCCAACACAAGAAGCUUGGUGCUGAACAUGUUUCUGUUGCAAUAAGCUACGGUAACUUAGCUUCAAUUCACAAGGACUUAGGUGACCUAGAACAAGCAAAGGAGUAUCAGCAACGUGCUUUAGCCAUCCAGCACAAGAAGCUUGGUGCUGAACAUGUUUCUGUUGCAACAAGCUACUGUAACUUAGCUUUAGUUUACAAGGACUUAGGUGACCUAGAACAUGCAAAGGAGUAUCAGGAACGUGCUUUAGCUAUCCAACACAAGAAGCUUGGUGCUGAACAUGUUUCUGUUGCAAUAAGCUACGGUAACCUAUCUUCAAUUCACCACGACUUAGGUAACCCUGAACAAGCAAAGGAG